AUGGAAGACUUCCUUUUGGCGGCGUCAUCACUCUCUCCGAGAGUCUUGGUGGGCGCAGGCGUGUGUUCGUGCUUCGUAGCCGCAAGCUGGGUCCUCAACCGAUGGCCGGGUCUUGUUUGGAAGACGAAGCGCAUUUUUAGCAAUCCUCCACGGAACAUUGCGCAUCGAGGAGGACAGGCAGAGCGCUCCGAGAACACCAUCCUGGCUUUUUCCUACGCCGUAAAUGAAUGCAACUGCAGAAUGAUUGAACUGGACGUGUGGAUGACGAAGGAUAAAGAGUUGGUUGUUGCACACGACGAUGACAUUGAGCGCGUCACAGGGAAAAAAGUACUGAUCAGCAACACCAAUUACGCAGAUCUUCCUCCUGUGCUUGACUCGGACCGUCUGAAGGACUGCCACAUGGAGUUUGUGUCGGAUUUCGGGGGUUUCCCCGUGUGGUUCCCUCCUCAGCCUCUUCCUCGGUUGGAGGACGUUUUCGCCCAGUUCCCGGAUACAAUCAUAAAUGUGGAUAUCAAGGCUAAAGGUGACCCAGAGAGUGUGUACAAGACCCUCGAUCUGGUGCGGAAAUACAACCGUGUACACAAGACCGUUUUCGGAUCCUUCGAUCAAGUGACGCUGAAACUGAUUUCGGAAUACGAGAAGGACGCAAUCGUCUGCAUUGGUCCGAAUCGAGCAAAGUUUUUGGUAUUCGCCUACUACACAGGCCUAAUGCCGUUUGUUCCAAUCCCGGAGCGCGUAUGGGAAUUCCCCAUCUGCAAGUAUUACUUCAUCUCAUGGCUCGGCACGCCGACAGGGGAGUGGGAACGGAGGUUGCCGUCGUUCUGCGCAGGGAUCCUCAGAGGUCUCUAUUACUUGUAUGCUUUGGCCUCUUUUAAGCUUCUCACGAACCCAAACUUUGUGGCUGCUCUGAAAAGGCGCGGCCUCGUGACCUUCGGAUGGGUCACAAACACGACCGAAGAAUUUAGCGACGGCUUCUACCGUGUAGGAUGCGACGGUUUGAUGACAGAUAGACCUGCACUCAUGGCAGAAUGGCUACGUAACGAGAGACUGGACGAUUCUAGCCCCGCGGGGAAGGACAAAGAACUAUAA